AUGGAAUUGUUGAGUAUUGUUCUGUUGGCGUAUGUCGGCAAGACGCUAGGAUUACAACAGAUCUAUGUGGAUUUCUUAGUUAAAGUAUUUGAGUAUGGACGAGAAAAUCUAGAAAAACAGUCGAAAAAACAAACAAAAAGAGUUGAAGAAACUGAUAGUGAAGAAACUGAUGAUGAUGAUGAUGAUGAACUGGAUUUGGUGACUGAAAUUGACACGGAUACAUUAAAUGAAUCUUCAACACAUUUAGAGCCAAUAAGCUCAAAUGGAUCUAUCUCUCGAAGUAACUCGACUCAUAGUCUAUCUAAUGGAAAUGUUGAUAAGAAAAUACAGAAUGGAGCUCCACCUUUAAUAAGCAGACAAGAUUUAAUACUAGUUCCAGAUCCAGAUCAAAAUUACAGUGGCAACAAUAAUGUUAAAACUGAAGGAGGUAAACAAAUAUUACAAAGAACUCGUUCAUUUAAUACUUUAAAACGAGAAUUUGAACUUGCUGAUGUGCUUGAUUAUGUGAAAACUGGUGUUGAAGCAAUUAUAGAGGAUCAAGUUACUUCACGAUUUGAAGCAGAAGAACUUAAGUCAUGGAAUUUGUUGACAAGGACAAAUAGACAUUAUGAGUUUAUCAAUUGGAAAAUAACAGUCAUUUGGAUUAUUGGAUUUAUUGUAAGAUAUACAUUUUUGUUGCCAUUACGUGUGUUGAUUUGUUUCUUUGGCGUCAUGUGGCUGUGGAUUUGUACAUUAAUUGUUGGUUUUGUGCCUGAUAGUAUGGGUAAACGUUGGAUGAAUCAAAAUACAUCUAUUAUGUGUUUUCAAGUUUUAGCUGCUUCACUAUCUUCAGUCAUCACCUAUCAUAAUCGCGAGAACCUACCAAAGCGAGGCAUUUGUGUUGCCAAUCAUACAUCUCCAGUUGACGUACUAGUGUUGGCAUGCGAUAACCCUUAUGCUCUGAUUGGCCAGCGACAUGGAGGAUUUUUAGGAAUCCUUCAAAGAGCAUUAGCCAGAGCUUCUCCUCAUUUAUGGUUUGAACGAUCUGAAGCCAAAGAUAGAGAAAUUGUUGCAAUGAGACUACGGGAACAUGUAUCAAAUCCAAUUAAUCCACCAAUAUUAGUAUUUCCUGAAGGAACGUGCAUCAACAACACAUCUGUUAUGCAGUUCAAAAAAGGAAGUUUUGAAGUUGGCAGUGUUAUAUACCCUGUAGCUAUUAAGUAUGAUCCACGGUUUGGAGAUGCAUUUUGGAAUAGUAGUAAAUAUUCAAUGAUUCAACAUCUUUAUUUAAUGAUGACAUCCUGGGCAAUUGUUUGUGAUGUGUGGUACUUGCCUCCAAUGUACCAAAAUGAAAAUGAAUCCGGUGCCGAUUUUGCAAAUCGAGUAAAACGAGUAAUUGCUGAUCAAGGUGGCCUUGUUGACCUAGUAUGGGAUGGUCAACUUAAACGUAACAAACCGAAAACAGAAUGGAAAGAACGACAACAGGAAGAAUUCAGUAAACGAUUAAAAGUUGAAUAG